AGUCCCCUUGACCAUUCGUCCUAAUGCAGGCCUGGCUAUUGUCUGCGCCGCUGUAGUGCUUUAACGUGGCACUUCUGCUAGCACCAGGUGCGCUCUGAAGUCUACUUCUAACCGGAUUGAAACACAGCCCUGGAUGCGAAGGAAAUCUCGGCAGUGUGAGAGGAGAUGUCCGCUACUUCAGGCAGAUCCGCGCCGCACUCGGGGAAGAUGAAGAAGGACGAGUCUUUUCUGGGGAAGCUGGGAGGCUCACUGGCGCGCAAGAAGAAGGCGAAAGAAGUGAGUGACCUUCAGGAAGAGGGGAAGUAUGCCAUUAACGCUCCACUCCUCCCUGCCAGUUCUGACCUGCUCCCAGAGGACAUGCUGCUAGAGGAGAAUGCUGAGAGGAUUAUGUUAGAUCCCACCUCUAGAGAGAAUCCCAAAUUUAAAGAGCUACAGAAGGCUCUGAUCGAUUGGAUCAAUAAUGAACUAGAGGAAGAGAGAAUCAUUGUUAAAGACCUAGAAGAGGAUCUUUAUGAUGGACAGGUGCUGCAGAAGCUAUUUGAGAAGCUGUCAGGACGUAAGCUGAACGUAGCAGAAGUGACCCAAUCAGAGAUCGGUCAGAAACAGAAGCUACAGACUGUACUGGAAGCAGUGAAUGAGCUGCUCCGCCCUCAAGGCUGGACGAUAGAUUGGGGAGUUGAUUCGAUCCACUCAAAGAACCUGGUGGCCAUCGUGUACCUGCUGGUGACCCUGGCUAUGCACUUUCAGGCCCCAAUCAGACUCCCUGAGCAUGUCUCUGUAAAGGUGGUGGUAGUUAAGAAAAAGGAAGGCAUCUUACACACAUCACGUAUAACCAAAGAACUCACAAGUACUACAGAGAUGAUGAUGGGAAGAUUUGAGAGGGAUGCCUUUGACACCUUAUUGGACCAUGCACCUGACAAGCUCAAUGUGGUCAAGACGUCUCUGAUUACCUUCGUAAAUAAACACUUGAAUAAGCUGAAUCUGGAAGUUACUGAGCUGGAGUCACAGUUUGCAGAUGGUGUGUAUCUGGUGCUGCUGAUGGGUCUAUUGGAAGGUUAUUUUGUCCCGCUGUAUAACUUUUACCUCACACCAGAGAGCUUUGAACAGAAAGUCCAUAAUGUAGCAUUUGCCUUUGAAUUGAUGCAGGAUGGAGGACUGAAAAAACCCAAAGCUCGACCGGAGGAUGUUGUGAAUUUGAACCUGAAGGCUACUUUGAGAGUGCUGUAUAACCUCUUCACCAACUACAAAGCUGCCGAGUGAUGGAGAAAAGAGAAUCUCACUGUGGAUCAUUGCUUACUGUAUGCCUCACUGAUGCUAUAUGUCCACUGUUUCUAUUUAAGAAGACUUAUUUUUGCCCAUGUUUUAUGCUCUGUUCUUUCAAAAAGCACUAAAUGUAACUCAACUGCUAUUAUGCAUAAUUUAUGCAAACAAGGCUCACUGCUCCUCACAUGGUUAGAUUAGAUUAAUAAAUGAUUGACUUUUGGAUAUGUUAUGAACUGUGCACACAAUUGAUUAUUUUAAAUAUUAUAUAUAUAUAUAUAAUUU